CGGAACUAUUAGUGAUUUCUCACUCACUCUAGUCGCAGCUUGCAUAUAUGUUUCAAUGGGAACAGUCUUUCUUCUUCGACCCGACAAUUCAUCUUCCAUCAUCAGACCACCCCGAAACCCUAACCCUAACCAUACUUCCCGGAAAAAGCGAAUUCCUACGACCGUGAACCCUAUUUCGCCAGAUCGAAACUGCACGGUUAUGAAGCACCCCGGAUCGAAUCUAGUGAUGGGUCAGGUGAAGAUUCUCAAGAGAGGUGAGAAGCUAAGUCCCGAUAACUUGAUGAUGAAGAGUGAAGAAUGUUACGAUUUGAUUUUAGGAUCAACGAAUCGGCUUGGUCCUGAUCCUGUUACGGUGAUGAAUCAGGUUAGGGUUCAAGAAAGACUCUACGCUGGACUCACCGUUUUGUCUCCGCCGCCUAGUUCUGUACCAGUUCCCAAGUUUCUUGUGAUGGAAAAACCUUAGUGAAUCAUUCUGUUUUGGUUUUGGGAUGCGUUUUGGAAUGCGUGAUUCACACGAAGAUGGUUUGGUUUUGUUUUCUCACAUGAUCUCAAUGAUGAUGGUAAUGACAAUUUCAGUGUGAGGGAGACAAAGAAUGUUGAAGGCAAAAGAACAGAGCAAAGCCUUUUGAGUUGUUCAAGAUUUAUUAGCUUUCGGUUUCUGAAAUAGAGAAAGGGGUUUUGGGUUAGUUUAGUUUGGAGAGAUAGGUUUCUUAUACAAGGGUUUUCAAAUCAGAAUUAGAAUUAGAAUGCUUAGGAGGGUUAUGUUUAGAUUUUCACUUCUAGUUUGUUUAGAUAAUUAUAAAACGGGUAAAUUUAUUGUGUUGUGCUUUGAUCAUCACUUAUAAUACUGAUGUAUUUCUGAUAUUCAAUGCAAUAAACUUUCUGGUUUUGGUAGUGAUACUGGAUAA